CUUGCUUUCGGUGCCGAAUCUUAUUUUUUUCGUUUCUUUUUUCCAUCGUUUCAAAGCACACCAAAGCAUUUUUUUUUGUCAACUUAAUAAUUUACGGUUCAUUUAACGUGUUUGCAUUAUUUUUUUUUUUGAAAUUUUGCACACGAAAAAUCGCUGCUGCAAUAUUUUAUUGACGUUUUUGUCGUCGUUAAAUCAUUAAUUAGUAGUUCGUAAAUAAUAUAAUAUAUAAUUUUUUUGAAUACAACGAUAGUCAAGUAAGAACAACAACAGAAUUGCCGAAAAAUAUCAAAAGUUGGCCAAAAUCAGUAAAUUGCUCAAGAUGAAGUGUAUUUUGGUGGUUUUUGCAAUCGUUGCUGUGUCUAAUGCCAUACCAAUCGAACUCGGACAUUAUGCAUCGCCUCUUUAUGCACCAGUUGCUAAAGCCAUAGUACCUGAACCAGUCGCAUAUCCGAAAUAUUCAUUCAAUUAUGGAAUCAAAGAUCCACACACUGGCGAUAUUAAAUCGCAGGCCGAGGAAAGAGAUGGAGACGUUGUCAAAGGUCAAUAUUCGCUUGUUGAACCAGAUGGAAGUGUGAGGACCGUAAAUUAUGUGGCCGAUGACCAUAAUGGUUUCAACGCCGUCGUUCAUAAAUCCGUUCCACAUGCUGCUAAAGUUAUUGCGGCACCAGCACCAUUACACUAUGGACCGGCUCCACUGCUAGCUCACUAUCGCUAAACAAAAUAUGUGAAUGAAAUCGCAAUGAAAAUUACCCCCAUAUGAUUGGCUGUAUAAAAGUUUGAGAUUUAUUCAUGAAAUUCAACGGGAUUAUCGAUCGAUCGAUCGAUCGUUCGAAUUUUCCAAAAUGUGCUUAGGUAUCAUAUAUAAUCUGUUCGUUUGUUGAUGAUAUAUUAUUAUUUGCAACAGUUUCCAAUUAUUUUAAAAUAUUUACACUUGUUUUUUUUUAAAUAUUUUUCAAUUUGUUUUUUCAAUUCACCUUUUUUUCGAAUUUCAUCUAACAAAAGUUCCCAUCUAAUUGGUUCGCCUUCUUCUUUUUCUUACCGCAAACAAUUUUUAUUCCUUUUCAUUUUAAACGAGUUGCACAAACAUUUCUUCUCUAUAAUUUUUAUUUUUUCAUUUUUCUCGCAUAUUGGCCCGGCAAGAUCGGUUUAAAUGCGCCAUGUGAUCAAAUUUGUACCAUUUUGUGGCAUGUAAAAUUUUGAAUAACAACAAAAAAAAAAGUUUUAUCGAAACUUGUCUGCUGCGUGACACUCUUAUUGAAAAUCGAAGUAAUUUUUCAUCUCGAUUUCGGAUGAUUGCAUAAAUCGAUUUGAGCAUUUAUGCAAUCGAUGUUUGAGCAUUUACAAAAUAAUAGUUCAAAGUAUCGAAAACGAAACAAUGUAAUUUUGGAAAAGACAGUUCAAAACAACAAGAGAUAUAUAUACGGCAAUUUUUGCAAUUCAUGACCUAGAUGGCUGUGCUUGGAUUUGCUAUCGAUUUUUUUUAGUUUACUUUUUACAAAUUCUAUAUACAUGGCUCUGGUACGGUUUGAAGAAAAACAACAACACAAAUCACAUGUUAGUGAUCAUCGCAUUAGUGUCCAAAAGCUUACCCGACUUUUUAUUCUCGCUUUGAGUUAAUUGAUUUCUUGUGAUAUGUUUUUUUUUUUCGUUGUUCGAUUGCAUUAAAGUUCAUUUCAUUAUAAUUUUUAUUUGUUCUGUUAAUCUCUUUUUCACAUGAUCUUUUAGUCUUUUUCUUCCCCUCCACUGAACUAGUUUAAUAUAUCAUGACUUUAAAAAUGUUAUUUCAAGUGUCCAUGUUUGGCAAUUCAUGUUUAUUCACACAUUGAAGAUGAAAUAAUUCGAUCAGCAUUCAAUCAGACUGGAUCCAAAUGAAAAUAUGUGUUAUAUUAUAGCAUAAAUUGAAACGGAAAGUGUGCCAAGAAUGUGCAUCUUAGAAUAGUCAUGGAAGACAACAACAAGAAACAAAUGUUUUCACGUCUGAUUGAAUUGUAUGAAUUCAUCCGUUCUCUAUUCGAAUCUAUUCUUUUUCUAAACUUUCUACCACAUACACACGCUAAAAACAAAAGCAAAUCAAACAAAAUGUACUUUAUAUUGCAUACUAUUAUUUAAGGAACUAUACAUGUUACCAUAAUAUUUUACAUAUAUUCAUAAAUGUGUAUUUUUUUUAUAUUCAUGUAAAACAAAACAGUGAAGUGCUGUUUAAAACAUUUCAA